UUGACUAGUUAACUCCCCAAAUACUAAGAGUCCAUUUCUCGCUAUUGCAUUGCGCCACCCACCACUGCUUCACCAACCUUUCUCCUCGGCGGACGCUCCGAGGCCCUUCUCUGUUGCUUCGUGCUCUUCUCCGAUCUCAGAUCUCGAGCUCAGGCGUUCGAAAUGCAGAGCUCUUCGGUCACCUUUUCGCCUUCUCUUCCUCUUCUCAAGCCUCGGAGGCCUCAUACUUCGUUCUUCAGCUCUGGAUGUAACUCAAUUCGAUCAUCUUCUUCAAAUUCCAGAGAUCUCAGUGACCUGAACAAUGUCAGUCUUCCUUCCUCUUGGCCCCGGCGAUCUUGGACUUUGUCGACUUCUCCUUUUUCGUCCUCGAAACUCCGCCCAUGGACCGGUGUACCUUCGUUUGCUUCGGAUUUUGAUGCGAAUCAUUUCAAGGUUCAGGCGGCUGCGGUUCCGGAAAGCUCAGAGGAGGCCGCCAGUGCUGGCGGUAGCCUAAUGAAAACGUUGGAGCUCGGAUUGUUGUUUGGCCUCUGGUACCUUUUCAACAUCUACUUUAACAUCUUCAACAAGCAGGUCCUCAAGGUGUUUCCGUUCCCUGUAACUGUCACUGCUGUUCAAUUUGCUGUAGGCACUGUACUUGUUCUUCUUAUGUGGGGACUUAAUCUCUACAAAAGGCCUAAGAUUAGUGGCGCUCAGCUUGCUGCUGUUCUGCCGCUCGCGUUAGUUCACACAUUGGGAAAUCUUUUUACGAACAUGAGUCUUGGGAAAGUGGCCGUAUCGUUCACCCACACAAUUAAAGCUAUGGAGCCUUUUUUUUCAGUUAUCCUGUCAGCAAUGUUUCUUGGAGAGACUCCUACUCCCUGGGUUGUUGCAUCCAUUAUACCAAUUGUUGGCGGUGUUGCAUUGGCAUCUGCCACUGAGGCCUCCUUCAACUGGGCCGGAUUUUCUAGUGCAAUGGCAUCCAAUUUGACUAAUCAAUCUCGUAAUGUCCUUAGCAAAAAGGUCAUGGCGAAAAAAGAGGAUUCAAUGGACAACAUCACCCUCUUUUCAAUUAUAACAAUCAUGUCCUUUUUCUUAUUGUCCCCUGUUGCUGUCUUCAUGGAAGGUGUCAAGGUUACUCCUGCAUACUUACAAUCAGCUGGAUUGAACGUAAACCAAGUCUUCACUAGGUCUCUUCUUGCUGCCCUUUGUUUCCAUGCAUACCAACAGGUUUCUUACAUGAUAUUGCAAAGAGUAUCGCCUGUUACCCACUCAGUAGGCAAUUGUGUAAAGCGUGUUGUUGUCAUCGUGAGCUCUGUUAUCUUCUUCCAAACACCUGUUUCUCCAAUCAACUCUAUUGGCACUGGAAUAGCUCUUGCUGGGGUUUUCCUGUAUUCAAGGGUUAAGCGCAUCAAAGCCAAGCCGAAGACUGCUUAAAAGCCGCCCAUGAAAUUUUGCCUUUUUGUAGCUGCAAUCCAUGUAGGAAACACCUCUGAAGUUUUGUACUUUUUCUUUCUGCCCUUCAGGAUGACUUUUAUUCUUUGUGGAUAAAUAGCCAUCUUCCUUCCCUCUGGACAGCCCUGUCCAUUUCAAUUCACUAGCAUCAAGGCUAAGUAUCCACAGUAUUAGAAUUGAAAUGCUAGUGAACGUUUUAAAUUUUCCGAUUUGAUUCCAGCCUGUUUAGCAUUU